CCUCGUAUUAGUGGGACUCGAGUUAAUGAGAUUAUUCGUAACAUGGGUUAUGAUAGCAAGAUUGUAGUUGAUGCGAUAGGUUUUUCGGGAGGUAUUUGGAUUGCGUGGAAUGCGAGUGAGCACACCAUUUCUGAAAUCCAUGCUCACCCCCAGUGCCUUCAUGUGCAGGUGCAAUCUAUGACGUCUCAGAGAAUCGAAUGGCAGCUUUCGGCAGUGUAUGGGAACCCGGCCCCAGUCCAACGGCGGGAACUCUGGAGUUUCCUAAGGAAUGUAGCGGAAGACCAGGACGUUCCUUGGUUGCUAGCGGGAGAUUUUAAUUCGAUCCUCAGCCCCUCGGAGAAACUAGGAGGUGCAAAUUUUGAAUCCUCCAGGAUCAGGGAGUUCCAAGAUGUUGUGAAUGACAUAGGUCUGCACGAUUUGGGGUACACUGGGCCGCACUUCACCUGGUUUCGGACAGGGCUCAGAGAACGACUUGAUAGGGCUAUGGCCAACUCCCAGUGGCUGUCGACGUUCCCCGAGACUACGGUUAGGCACCUCCCCCGCCUGAAGAAGUCGAACCACCGCCCCAUCCUUACUACGCCAACGACCCAGGUUCAGCCAGGGGGGGAGAAACCGUUCCGUGUCCUCGCAGCCUGGCUCACCCAUGAGGGCUUCAUGGCCAUGAUGGAGAAUGCUUGGGCAAAGGGAUCUUGCUUCACAGAAUCGGCGGCUGCCUUUGCUAGGGAUGCGGCCGAAUGGAAUCGCACUGUGUUUGGCCACAUUCUGAGGAAGAAGGACAAGCUUCUUCGGCGUCUAGAACAGUUGGAACUUGCUCCUAGUGACUCCAAAAAUGCGAACCAGAUCAACCAAAUUCAAGAGGAGCUCGAGCUCAUCCUUUUCCAAGAGGAAUUAUUAUGGUACCAGAAGUCGCGGAUGGAGUGGAUCAAGUCGGGGGACAUGAACACUGCCUACUUCCACGCUAGGACCAUCAAACGGAGGAAGCGAAACCGAGUUAGCAUGCUCAAAAAUAGUGCAGGAGAAUGGGUGGAUGACCCUGUCACCCUACUAGAGAUGGCCAGAAGCUACUUCCAUGAGCUUUACACAGAUGAAGGCGGGGAGCUUCCUCCCCUGGAGUCCCAGUUCCCAUACAUUAUCGAUACUCGGUGGGUGGCCUUGGCCUCCGUCCUCGACCCGGAUGAAAUUCGACGGGCUGUUCAAGCGAUGGGGGCCUUGAAGUCACCGGGAAAGGAUGGGCUCAACCCACUAUUCUUCCAAAGAUGCUGGGAUACUGACACGCCAAAACACAACACCAAUCUGCGACCAAGUGUAAUCGCAGACCGGGAAUGCAGUAACAGGCAAGUUAUAUUAUCAACCCGGGGUCUAGAUCUACUGCUUACUCAGUGAUUCUCUGUUAUCUAGCCAACUAGAGUAAGUGAUUGUUGUUUAAACUAAAAGCAGAAAUAAAGCAGGAAAUUAUUCGGUUUUCUUAAGCAGGAAAGAGUCACUCGGGAAUGAAUCCCCCUAGCUCCUUAGUUAGGUCUCAAUUGCAAUUUACCCUGGGUUGAUUUACUGUUGAUUAGACUGCGGAAGAUCCGGCAGUAGCUUGGAAUCUCUUAAGCUGACCAAGCCCUCUCAGUCUAACUACCCGGCAGACGACUAGUCUUCACCGAGAUAGAAAGCUGAAGCAGUAAGAACAAAAAUUCACUACUGGAAUUAGAUUCCAGUACAAAGCAGUAAACUGGCUAACUCUCGUAUAACCAGUCUCCUACUAUCGAAUGAUGAGACUCUAGCAACCUAAUCAGAUUCUAUCUAUCUCAGAUUGCAGCAGGAAUCAGGAAAAGUUGAUCAGACUUCAAUUGACUCAAUAAACAUGCAUCAUUCGAUUAUAAUCAAACAAUAUAGCAUCCCAAGUCAU